AUGAGCGGCGCCUGCACUAGCUACGUGAGCGCAGAGCAGGAGAUGGUGCGCGGCUUCAGCUGCCCGCGGCCGGGGGGCGAGGCGGCCGCAGUCUUCUGCUGCGGCUUCCGAGACCACAAAUACUGCUGCGACGACCCGCACAGCUUCUUCCCCUACGAGCACAGCUACAUGUGGUGGCUCAGUAUUGGCGCUCUGGUGGGCCUAUCCAUAGCAGCGGUAGUCCUCUUGGCCUUCAUUGUCACUGCUUGUGUGCUUUGUUACCUGUUCAUCAACUCCAAACCCCACACAAAGCUGGACCCGGGCUUAAGCUUGCAGGCUACAGGUUCUGAGGAGGCACACCCUGACCACCAACAUGGGAACACAGGCAUCACGGUGAAGGUGACAGAAGUGAGCCCUCUUGGACAAACUUACCCCUUCCUGAACCGACCACUGGACUGCAAUGAGGGGCAGGCUCCAGAUCCCAAGCGGCUCCUCCAGCACUGCUUCAUGGCCACAGUGACCAGCAGUGACAUUCCGGGCAGUCCUGAGGAGGCGCCUGUCCCCCCAGACCCAAAUGGACCAGCCCCAUAA